CUAUUUGCUAUUACACCUACUAUUAUUAUUUUAUCGUAAUACCUGGAUUGGCCAAAAGAGGGCCUUCAGCUAAUUUAACGUUGAGCCAAAGGGCAAUGUUAUAGAGUCGACUGACAACAAGACAAGGUUUUAUUCCUCUCUUUGAUCAGCAAAGCACACAACAACAUGUACAAUUCGUGCGGUGUACUUUUCCUUUUAUUUGGAUUUACCAUGCUGGAGUCCAUCACCUGCUACAGCGAUGGAUCUUUAUUGGAGAGUCAAUGUCAAGGAAUGAAUAUCCAACACAAUGGUCAACCAGCACAAAACACAGAAGCCCCUUUCAAGAUAGAACCAGAAUAUAUAGAAGUGACCGAUUCUUUACGGGGAAGGAACAUUACUGUCUCGCUUUCGGCUAAUCCGACUCGAUUCAGAGGUUUCAUGUUGGACGCUCGUGCGUGUGAUACUUGUAAAUCUGCUGGCAAAUUUAAUUUGAUUAACCUGCAGGACAGCGAACUCAUCUGUAAUGGCCGUGUUGUGGCUCAUAAUAAUAACCAAAAAAAAACGGCAGUUCAAGUGUUGUGGACCCCCGAAGAGACUGGGUUGUUUUUCUUCAGAGCUGCAUUCGUUGAAAUAUUUGGUAGAUUUUGGCUAAGGAAGGCAAUCAUACUCACGACGACUGCUCCACCAUCCACUGAAUCCACCAGUCACAGUACACAAACAAGUCCAAUAGGUAUGUUACAGACACAGACUGUAUCACCGACCUCUGAAGCCACAAAUAUACAAAAAAAUCAAACUGCAAGCCCAACAAUAUUAACAACAGCAUCAACUAUAGAAUCAUAUUGUACAGAUAUGUCACAGACACAGACUGCAUCACGGACCUCUGAAGCCACAAGUACACAAAAAAACCCAACUGCAAGCCCAACAAUAUUUACAAAUGCAGACUCAUAUGUUACAGUUGCACCAGCAUCGCCGCCUCAGUGUGCACAAUAUACGAGAUUUGCUUUAGCACUGUUAUUAUUCAGUCGACUGUGUUUUCUUGGAGGCUCCUCUCUCCUGAUGAUCAUUAGACCAGUGUCGAAAAUGGCCACCAUGAUUGCGUCUGUCUUUGAACCAGCCUCCAAAAUUAUUGCUGUCAUCUUCAUACUAAUAAAACUAAUUAAAUAUGAGUGUGUGUUUGAGUGUGAUAGAUUGCAGACUGUGUUUACUGCUUUGACAGUGGCUGCCAUGGUUUCAAGCCUGCUGCACACUCUCAGCGUUUUCCUUCACUGUGGACCAAGCCAUGAAUUAAGGAGGUGUUGGCUCUGUUCCAUCAUAACGAUUGGCCUAAUGAAUUCUAUCAUUACAACAACUGCAAUAUUCUUUGAAAUAUGGCGCUUUGAAGAGCUCUGGGUGCCAUCAUUAAUGGGAGUUUUUGUUAUUUGGGAGUUCAUGCUUUAUCUCGGCUCAGUUUACUUUGAACAGAUGGGAAAAUACCAGUCAAGAAAAAAUCAGAAUCGUAAUCUGGAAAAGAGGAAAUCCCCAUGGUUUUUUAUGUUCAUCAUCUUUUCAGUGUUUAAUGCAAUGUAUACAACUGCUCUUAUAACAGGAGUGUCUUUGGUCAAAAUGAAAAAUUGUUGAAGGAAGUGAUUGUUUUCUUGGUACUUUUGUAUGAUUAAGCGAAUAUGGGUGCAACUUUUUACAGCCCUAGCACAUCGGUAACCCUUUAAAGGCAUAUGAAUAACAACUUUAUUCAGAAUAAUUAUAUUGGAGUCAGAUAAGUAGCUGAAUUAUGCACAUCAUCUUUCAACGGCUUUUUAUGAUUAUUUAUUUAAAAUUUGUGUGGCCUGUUCACACUAAGGUUGACAAUAACUAUAACAAGAACAGUUACAUUUGUCUUUGUUCUGAUUGUAUAAUAAAGAAGUCCGCAUCACAGUUAUAACGAUAACGAAACAGAUGGACAAUAUCGUUGGAAUCACUUUCACAUCGAUUUUCUCCAGCUGAUGAACGAUGACAAAUAUUGACAGCCAAUCAAAACCCACUCAAAUUUUAAGAGCUUGAUUAUUUUAAUUGGCAGAUCACAAAAUGUCAGUGCACAUUUGUAAUAAACUGAACGUCAUUGUGCGUUGUUGUGGACGCUAAAAUUUUUGUUGUCUUUAUAGUUAUUGUUAAUAGUGAACUCGCCAUAAGAUUCCACCUUUUUUACUUUGUUCUUACACAUCAUGUAAUUUACUGAGCAAUAUUAAUUUGUAUAUAUGUAUCUGUAUGUAUUUGUAGAUGUUUUUUAUUAUUUUAAGUUAAGUGAAGCAGUACAGUGGUGUUAAAAAUACUUAAUUGAUAAU